GAGGUUCACGGUGGUACAGCUUACGUGCGCACACAGACAGCGAGUAGUAGCAGGGGAAAGAUGUCCGCGGUGCCUGACGGGAAGAAGCUGGUUCGGAGCCCGAGCGGACUGCGCAUGGUGCCGGAGAACGGAGCGUUCAGUAGCCCCUUCUCGUUAGCUGAGCCGCAGUGGGUUCCAGAUAAAGAGUGUCCAAAAUGCAUGCAGUGUGACACGAAAUUUGACUUCAUCACCAGAAAGCACCACUGUCGGCGAUGUGGUCGGUGUUUCUGUGAUAAAUGCUGCAGCAAGAAGGUGGCCUUACCCAGGAUGUGCUUUGUAGAUCCGGUCAGGCAGUGCGGCGAAUGCAGCCUGGUCUCGCAGAAAGAGCUCGACUUCUACGACAAACAGCUCAAAGUGCUGAUGGCAGGAGGCACGUUUCUGGUCACAGUAGGAGUCUCGGAGAAAUCAGAGACCAUGGUGUGCCGUCUGUCAAAUAACCACAGAUAUCUGUUCCUGGAUGGAGAGAGCCAUUUUGAGGUGGAGUUGUCUCGGAUCUCCACUAUGCAAGUGCUGACAGAGACAGACGGCUCGACCCCUGGAGAGAAAGAUAUUCAUACUUACACCACUCUCCUGGACAGUCAUUAUAUAUCAGAAGGAAGCCUGUCCCGUGCCACAGGCAUGCUGCUGCACUAUAAGCCGCCGGGCUCGCAGGACUUGCAGCAGCUUCGCAUGGAGGCGGCUGAUGACAAAAAGAGCGCCUCCUCCUGGCUCGUCGCCAUGCACAAGGCAGCCAAACUGCUGUAUGAGUCAAGGGACCAGUAAAAUAUCUGAAGUGCAGUGCUAAAGAAGGACAGGAGGAGUGAUGAGACCAAGAUGCGAGGGACGGGAUGAGAUUUUGUUAAAAACUCGCGUUUACUCCGCAAUGCCUACUUGCUUUCUAUCGGACCUCUGCUUUCCUCUUCCCGUUUGGAUUAACCGGAUUGGUCAUGUGACCUGUCCGUCACUCCAAUAGGGUGGACCAAGUUACCCAUUGAUUCUCGUGCAAUGUAUACAUAUAGAUGAUGAUGAUAUAUGCACAUGUAUUACAGUGAUUACGUUGAAGUUGAGUCAUACAUAUGAUUUUUAGAUUUACAGGUCAAAUGGUCCUAUUUUAACACAUAUUAAACACUUGAUGUAUAUAUAAUUCUCCUACUUUUUACAGCAGGUUUAUUCACUUGUAACACUUUGUGCCUCUGAAUCCCCAGUACACACUACAACAAACAUUAAAUUUGGUUAUGUAACCAGUUCAAGCAUUUCUGCUUUUUUUAACCAAGUGUCCAUAGCUUGUUCUUUCCUACGGAUUCGGUAUGAAGUUUGUCGUAACACUACGGUUCAGUCCCGGUAAAUGUCGCUCAAUUUACAAGAAUUAUCUUUUGUGAUCUUGUAAAAGCUUCAUACAAGACUUCCUCAUGAAUCUAUGGUCAGUAUUUAGAAAAUGGAGCAUUCGAGUUCAUUCUGUUUUCUCCCUUAAAAAAAAACAAAACUUUUUUUGUAAAGCAAACGUGUUGUAAUACAAAUUUGUUUACAAAUGUGUGCAUGACGUAUAUAUGUAUAUAUAUUUUUUCUUAUUUGCUGAUUAAAUCAGUAAUUUGUAACCUGUAUAA